AUGAUGCAGCCAGUGCCCGCCCGCCGCCGCUUGAGCCCUGAGCGCCAAGACGCUUAUGGUCUGGCGCAUCUUCCCGCUGCCGACUUCAACAACGUCGAUAGAGCUCCCAAGACGACACCCACGCCCAAUUCGCCCGCCAUGGCCGACCAAUACGUCACCUACCACCCGCGGGACGCUCUCUCCAAUACUGCGAACACGACCCUGCAGACCACGGCUGCCGGCGCCAUCAUUGCCGGUGUCCAGAACACACUCAGGAAACAGAAUGUCGGAGCCAUGGGCAUCCUCACCCGGUCGGGAGGCAUAAUCGCGCUAUACGCCGGUGUGGGAGCCGCCUAUCAAUUCACACUGGACGCGACCAGUAACCUGCGACAAAAGGAUGACUGCUACAGUGAGGCAGUUGCCGGUUUCGUGGCUGGAUGCGGUGUCGGUGUUGCCAGGCGAAGCCUUCCAUUCAUGCUCGGUGCCGGAGUAUGCUUCUCCACGGUCCUCACUGCCUACCGUUACACUGCUGGAAUGCGCGGUAUUGGAGACAUUCGCGACCAGGUCGAUGACGAUGGCGAGGUUGAGCGCAGGGAAGAGCUGAAGAAGGUGCGCAGGCGGCCAAUGUCCGAGACUCUGCAGCAAUUGGGCGAGGGACGAGGAAUUUACGGACCCGGAUACGAAGAGAGGAGGCGGCAACGACUGUUGGAGAAGUACGGCGUCGACGUCAAGGCAGCGCAAGAAGCCGCUUAG